AUGGGCUACGGCUAUGGAGGCGCCGUCACGGUAGAGAUCCCACUGGACGAGGAGCUCCUUGGGAGCUUUUGCCGAAGAGGGCGGAGGCGGCUCCGGGAGCUGCAGGACGCCACGCAAACCAUCGUUCGUCUGGACCGAACAAGGGCCUGUCUUUCCGUCACGGGGACGGAGUCAUGCAUCGCUGUGGUCCAGCGGCAUUUAGCCAGUCUGGGGGGCCCCCGUCGCGAUGUGGUACCACCGGUAUGGGCAGAGCUCAUGAGGACACGUACGCUGCAGAAGGGUGGCGCAGCCCUUGCUCGAAUCCAGUCUGCCAGCGGAUGCAGAGUCCACAUUGAGAGGCAGCUCCGAGAAGUACGGCUUUUUGGCCCAGCAGACUCCGUGGCUUUGGCACAAAGCUUGUUGGAGGAACUCCAGGAUCAGUGCUGUGAGCAGGUGGUGUUGGAAUCCAUCUCCGAUCAGGAUCUUGAGAAUCUCCCCGGUCUCCUGGAACCUCUAGCAAUGGAUCACCAAGUCACACUCUGCGUCAACGCAUCUGGCCUCCGUGUCUUGGGGCUUAGGGACAGGUGUGGAGCUGCCUGUAAAGAGCUGGAGGCCCUCAGUCAGAGCCUGGAGGAAGGCCUCCAGCGCCGCAACGCGCAGCCGGCUAAGGAAGCAGAUGCCUCCGAGGAACGUCACGGGCAGGUUUUGAUGCAGAUUCCACCAGCGAGGGACGCGUCCCAGUCCUCUGCAAAGUCUACAGGGAGUCAGGAGGUUCCUCAGCAGGACUUGAACAUCCAGCAGUUCGUGAUGGGCUCCUCCAGCAGGUACGCGUGCCAAGCUGGAUGUUCUCUUAAAUGA